GAUGGAUUAAGAAGAACAAUAAAAUUCUCAGGGAUUCUAAAAUGAAAAACAAGAUCAACCCAUAAUUGAAUAAGCUACAGAAUAUCCAACUAAUAAAAUUGAGAUAUCAAUCACUGAUGCUAUUACAAAGGAUGGUGGAUUGGGAAUUAAAUAUACUGUAUAUUUGAUAAAGGGAUCAGAUAAUUUAGGAAGUUUUGAAGUUUUAAGAAGAUACAAUGACUUUUAUGAACUUAGAGUAGCUUUAAUGAAAAAAUGGCCUGGAUGUUAUAUUCCUCCAAUUCCUGAAAAAUUGUUAGGUAGUGGAAAUGAUACUGAGACUGUCUAAAUAAGAAAACGUUUGAUGGAAAUAUUUUUAAAUGUCCUAACUGAAUUGCCAUAUAUCUAUUAUUCAGAAGAUAUUCAAUAAUUAUUUUUAAGAUCAACAAAUACAGAAAUAAAUAAAGUAAUUAAUUCACAUAAUUUAGAUUUAUUAAUAAUAAAAGUAAGUUACGUCAGCUGACAUCAUAGAUAGAUUCAAGAGAGCAUUUCCUAAUUUAGAUGUUAGAGAUUCAUCAAAUAGUGAGUAUAUGCUAUAAAUAAGUACAUUUUAAGGAUAAUUGAAAAAAUCAUAAGUUCAUUUGAAAUAGUAUAUUGAAUAAUCUUAAAUAGUGGCUUAAUCAAGAAAAUAAAUUUAAAAUGAAAAAUGUAUAAAAUAUUAGUUAUUAAAGUGAAUUUAUUUUUUGGAUCGUUGCCUAUCUAUGAAAAAGUGAAUUUGACAGAAUAUGUAUGUGGUAAAGAGAAUUAACUUGUACUAAGUAAUCCUUAAAACAUUGAAGCAUUCACAAAAUUAUUGGAUUAACUUGUAUAAUUUAAAAGCGAUAUAUAUAAUAGAAAGAAGUUUAUAAAAAAUUUAAUAGUCUAGACAAUAUAACAGAUUUAUUUAGAUAUGAAUUAAAGAAUGCAGAAUCAAUUUAAUAGACAUUAACUUAUAGAGAUUAGUUGCUUAUUUAGAGAGCAAAUUAAGAAUAAAAAAUGAGGGAAGAUUAAGCUGAAUUAGCUAAAAUUGCUGCAGGUAAGUAAACACUAACAACAAUAACAAAUUCUGUAUUUAAUAAAGCUAAGGAUCAAUCAUAAUUAAAGGUUGAAUAGAAAAUAUCUGAAGUAUUAUAUUAUUAUAUUUAUUAGGGUCAAUAAGAAAUUGAAAGAUUAUCUUAAUUGUAUAAUAUUACUACUGCAAUAAUAGCAACAUAAGAAAUAUAGAAGUAUAGAAAAACAAGAAUAAAUCAUUAUCAUAAGUUUUUAAGGUAGGUUUAACAUUAAGAAUAAUAAGUAUAUGAAUGUGAAAAUGAAUUACUUUAAAAAUUAGUAGAGGAAUGUUAAAAUUUAUAGUAAUAAUAAAAUGUUGAAUCAUGA